AUGACUACAAUACCUCAUGAUUUACAGAUGUCUUAUUUACGGGCAAUUCAAAAAAUACCGGGCGAUACUGCCAAUGAGAAAUUAUGUUGGAUCGGAAGAUUGGCUUUGUACCAGAGCAGUAGCGAUCUUGAACAAUUUCCACCAGAAUUACUGCCUAUAUUAAAUGUAGAAACUGCCAUCAAAAAAAAGAAACAUGAAGAUAUAACAUUUGCUCUUAAGUGCGAAGACUCAGCGAUAAUAAACCGUGCCUUUAAAGCCUUUUGGUUUUUUGAUGGUAGCCAUAAAGAAAUUGUUAACGUCAGGUAUUUUUUCGAACAUCUUUUCCCUUACGUUUCUGUAAACACAAGAACCCGUAUUGUACUAACGCUUGCACAUCAAUUGUCUGGCAAGGAUCCAAUUUUUGCGCAGGAAAUAUUUACAGAAAUGGUAUCGAUUUAUGGCAUUCAAAUCGCUUAUCCGUUGAUCAUAGCUUGCAAUGAGACUUUCACUUAUGAAAUAAUUGUGCAGAAGGAAUUAGUGUUGCCUAUUAACAUUGUUAAAAAGAUCUUUUAUAUCAAUCCGGAUUUGGUAGUGCGUUUUCUCAAAUUAUUGAAACCCCGUGAACUAAAUGCGACUGAGCGUAAUACGACUCCCUUCGCGAUCGGCAUUGAUAGAUACAAAUCUUUCCUCCCUAAAUUAAUAAAGAAACGACUGGAGGCUUUUAUAGAACUGUUUGAGAUUCAUGAAACUUCUCCACCGAAUAUUAUUUUGAGCAACAAGUGCGCCGAAAUAUUUCUUAAGAAAGCUCAGCAACACCUGAUACAAAAGCCACAGUUAUAUAUUCGUAUCUUGCCACUCAAAAAAAUUAAUAAGGAUUUAAUGGAAAAAGUUUUCCCUGGUCUGUUGCCUACAACAAUAUCUGACUUCUCUACAGAUAAUAUGCUCAGUUACUUGAAACAUUAUCCACGUGAUAAACAAUACGAUUUGCUUAGUAAAUCAUACAAGGAUAAAUAUAAUGUUGAUCUUCUUGACGAAACAAACAAUGUUACGCCUGCCUUAUUACAGUUAUUACCUGUCGAGGAACGAAUCAAACAGGCUAAAAUUAAAAUUCUCGAGGAGCAGAACUUAGAGGAGAAUCGUUGUCAAUAUUUAUUCUAUAUGGAAAACGCUUGGAUUUGUUAUUUACCUGUUAACGAAGUUAUUCCGGUUAUCAAAGAAAAAUUAAAUAAAACUACAGAAAAAAUGGAUAGAAUUGAUCUCCUUUUGCAAAUGAUCUAUGCUUGUAAUGUUAAUAAAGAUAAUGAUGCCUUGUUCGAUUUCUUAAAAUAUUUUUUAGAUAGACAUAAAAACGAAGACAGGCUGGUGUUCACAAAAAUAUUCGAUCAACUAUCAGAAAUAUACAAUUUACCUUAUUUAAAUGAAAAGCUGAUUUCUCUUAUAUUAGACAUUGUUCAAUUAUGUUAUGUAAAACAUAAAUUCAUGCCGGUAAUGAUACUCGUGGCUAUAAUACAUUUCAAACUUAUACACAAUAUGCCAAUUGAGGAGCUCAUCGAUAUGCUUUUGGAAAGUAAUCGACGUUACGAAUUUAACAUACUUACAGAAUAUCCACGGUAUGAGAGACAAUGUCUCGUAACUUUCGCAAAUCAAAUUAAAAAAAAAUCUUUUAAAGAGAUUUAUGAAAAAAAGUAUUUUUUCAGCAAAUUAUUUGCAGCAAUAUAUGAUUUUAAUAACUGGUAUAAAAAAUCGUGCACCAAAAUAGAAAAAAUGACAAUUAGAGAUUAUCCUUGGUUAAUGGAUGUUAUUUACGAAAUUCUACGUUCUGGCAAAAAUUCUAUCUUGAAAAAUAUAUUGCAGGAAAAUGAGCCAGAACUGUACUGCAGUUGGUUUCCUUCAAAUAUCCCAAAUGCGUGUGUAACGUCAGGCGUGGCGCACGCUCUAUUGAAACGAGAUUUACCAAACAUACUGGAUAAUUGGGAAGAAUAUUUAGCAAAUUGCAUGAAGGACUAUAAUUUAAAACAUGUACAACGUUUUAUCAAGGCCACACAAUGGUAUAAAGACUUGCCCAUUAAAUUUUUUGAACGUUGCAUGAAUUAUAUUUACGAUAAAAAUACAGAUGAAAUAUCAUCAAGCCUAGUUGUCUUGGCUCUUUUAUGUCAUGGUGAUGAAUUGACAAAACUGAUCGAUCCUUUCAUACCCAUAGAAACAACGAUAGAUAUCAAUCAUCCCAAUGCUAAAAAUAACUAUGAAAUUAUAAAAUAUUUACUAUUGAGCAUGAGACUUUCUAAUCCACCAAUACCUCUCGAUCUCAUAGUUAGAUUGUGUGUAGGAGAUUAUUUAUCAAUAGGUUUGUAUACACUAACAAGUGUAAGUAGGCGAACUUCUUUGCCUAAAGUUAUAUCAAUUGCACAAAAAUUGAUGAGUAUGGAUGUGACCACACGUAAGCAUGGAAUUGGGCUGAUGUAUAUGAUAACGACUAUGCAUGAGCUUACAGACUUUCUCCAGAAAACGUGGGCAAUCGAGAAGGAUCAUUCAGUACGACAAAUUUUAUUCGAGACGUUCCAGAUAUGUUUUCUUUCAGACCCAAAUCCUGAAACAUGGUCCCUAUAUUGUCAAACUGUAUCAACGUUGAGUCUCGAUGACGAAGCAUUGGUUUCAGAGAUGAAGCUAUUUUCCAAGAUUCCUAGUGAAUACGUCGUAAGAUAUCUCGAUCUAUGGCUCAAAACGAUAAACGAUUUUCAAGGAUUGGACGACCAAAAAAAGAACAAAUACGUUGCAAAAUUCUUAGCAACAUUUACUGAAUCUAUUUUCAAUCUUUUAUCUGAAGAAUUUACUGAAAAUAUACUUCGAAGAUUUUGA